AUGAGCGGCCCUUACGACCAUGGCAUGAAUAUGCCAAUCCCUAAUAUACUGGAUGCAACGUAUCCGAUCUACGAUGGCAAUUUCAACACAGCAUAUCCCCGGCUGUCAGGUCCUCCAACUCAUUUUGAUGGUGUUGCCUUCUGGUACAAUCCCACCAAUACUGAACAACUUUAUGACCGGCAGGCAAGCCUUCUCAGUGGCCGUCGUGGAGCCGGGCCCCCGAAUAGCAUGGACUCUUCAGCUGUCAAACAUCGUCGAACUCGCAGUGGUUGCUUUACUUGCCGCAGUCGAAGAGUAAAGUGCGAUGAGACGAGGCCUGUCUGUGACAGAUGCAAGAAGGGCAAUCGUGAAUGCGAGUUUCCGCAAACGACCUCGUCUUCGAAGCGCACCAAGCACGGCGAUAGUCGCGGUACAAAAGACCAGGCGGCAAAGCAUGAGAUGAAAGAUGAAAGCAUGACCGUAUUGCCCACAAUAAAAGACGAAAGCGAGGAAGACGAAUCUCCACUGUCUCCGACAACAACCCGGCCACAACCCCUGCGAAGCGACAGCGGCCAGUCGGUGCCGCACAGCGCAAAGGCCAAGAAUGCAUCGGAAACAUCAUCGGCCGUCAAAGAUCAAACCAGUCCACAAUCGAGCGAAGGAUCGGAUGCUCGUUCGAGAGACGACACACCUGCGUCAUCACUGCGCACAGUUGGCAACUCUGCAGAAAUGCAAGCUCGGCAAGCAAAGAUAAAGUCGCUUAAGCCAGACCUUCAAAAGUAUCUACAAUUCCAGCAAGAGUACAUGACCUUUUACCACUACUUCUUCAAACUGGACCCUACGGACUUUGUGCAUGCAGAGUUUAUCGACCUUGCCUUGACCUAUGAGCCGCUGCUUUAUGCGGCUGUAGGGUUUGCUGCAUACCACUACGAGUUGAAGCAACCGGAUCCGAAGUUGUCGCAUUUCUUAGGGUACCAUAGCAGAUCGCUGUCGAUGCUUAGGAAAUCGUUGGAGAAGAACAAAAAGGUCACCGAAGCCACUCUGCUUACCGUGUUGCAACUGGCGACCUUUGAAGAAUACAUUGGCGACUGGGUCAACCUGGUGGGGCAUCACCGUGCGGCCCUAACGAUGGUGCGCGAUCUUUUCACCCCAGGCACGAUGAUGGAGACGGAUCUUGGAAGACGUAUCUUCAGCUGGAUCGCCCGUUUGGAUAUCAUGGUGGGUCUCAUGGCGGGCAACGAAACGCGCCUCGAUCGACAAUGGUUUGAAGCGAACGCUGCAUGGUACCACAGUCAGGUCGAGAGUGACCCUGAGGUUGACGUCGAUAUCGAAAACACUAUGGCAUAUUUUGUGUCCUCAAAUCGGCUGAUUGGCAUGGACAUGGCUGCCCUGUUCGCCAAGUUUGCUAAACACGAAAUCAGUGUGCAGACGUUUCACGCAGAAAAUGCUCAGAUCGUUGAGAGGGUUAAUUCCAUGAAACGCCAGAUUGAACUAUUCAAUGACGAAUACUACAGGGUACAGGAGUUCCCUGUAGAAAAGAGUCGACCUUUGGCCGAAGAAGACAUUGUCAAUCCCUAUGUCCCGGGAGGCCUCUUUAAGGAUGCGCUCUACCCGCUGAACUUCAUGUGGAUCGACUGGUACAGCAUUGAACUGUUGCAGAGAUACCAAACCGCAGUAAUGCUUCAGCAGCCGAUGCCUCCUGAAUUGGAACAGAUAAGUUUGGAACAGUGUAGGAUCUAUGAGGCCAUGGAGCGAUGGCCGGACGCUCCAAACGGAUCUAUCCUGGGUGCACAUGCGCCUCUGGGGCUUGCUUCAGUUUUCUUGAAGAAAGAUGCCAGGCAUGUCAUGUGGGCGCGGAGGAAGUUUGCCGCGGUGGAAAGACAGGGCUACAUUUUUCCACCGUCGUUCCGACAAAAGAUGGCAGAGUUGUGGGGGUUGACGCGCGACCUGGUUGGCGAAAAUGAAGCUGUGGAAAAUUGGUGGUUGCCCAACGAUGAAGGGAACAUUCCCAUGUUGAAGGAGAUACGGAAAGUCGUGACGGAAAGGCAUGAAAGCGAUACAAUAACCAGCAUCGAGUCAAUUGCCAACGUCAGAGACUUGAAGGCAAUUUUUGAAAAGCUGGACAUCUGGACCCAGUCGGUCGAGAAAUCGGGGGUGAGUGAUGGCAAUUUCAGCCCCAAGAGCGAUACCAGUGGCGGACUCAGUGACCGAGGGAACAAUCCUGGCUUUAGUCCAACCAGCUUAAGCUUUGCUGAUACGGCAAAAGGGAGUAUAUCGGGAACUAUUCAAGAAGGCGGCGGCACUCUGAAACGAAGGGACAAGCGAUCGAGUUCAACAUCAUGA